AUGUCCACACUACCUUCCACCUUCUCAUCGUCACCUUUCCCUGUACCACCACGUUCACCCCUAACGUCUCGUCCUCGACCUACACUCGACACUGCUUUGGAAAUCAUUGACCAGCCCGUCAAGGUCACGCGGUCUCCGGAAUCCGUCUCGUCGAGUCCCAUUGAUUCCGAGAUGCCUCCUUCGGCUUCACCUCGAAAAUCCCAUUCAUCCCCUUCGCAACACCUUCCACCAUUCUUGACCAUGAAGCGAUCAAAUCCAAAGCGGCUCUCACUCUCGCUCUUCGUCCCUCCCACUACAUCCCCCGUAUCUUCCCUCGGUGACAUGUCUGUCCAUUCUACCGAAACCACGCCUUUCACGCCAGGCCCACCAAAAACACCGGCACUUGCCAUGUCCACCAUGACCCUAGGUCGAGCGACCAAGUCAUCAAAGUCUGGUCGACCGUCAUUGCUUAGCUUGAUCACACGUGAAGAAUUGGCGGGUAGCGAUAACCUGCCAACCCCUGGUGGUGUCAGACCUCUUGUAUCGAGACCAAAGAGGACACGAGCGCAGAGCGAUACGACGGGCAACGUGAUCCCCACGCCUGCUGGAUUCAGAUCUGCUCAACCCACACUCCUCUCCUUCCCCGUCAUCAAUGAGUUGGACUCUGGCUCACUUACCGAUGCCACGGCCUACUUUACAUCCACCGACCAAUCCUCAUCUCCAGGUUCAUCAUCCUUGUCCUCGCUUGGCUGUUCAUCCUCCACUGCCUCGUCCUCUUCCUCCCCACCCCUGUGUCUCGACUCUUUCGCACCGAUCGACAGGUUUCCUAUGCGAUCAAACGAGCCUUAUGCCGAUGGUCCGGUUGAAAUCCUCCCUGGCAUCUUUCUCGGUUCUGAAGAAUCGACAUAUGACCUUUCUUGGGCCAGACAUAGUCGUCGAGUCAGAAUUUUGAAUGUCGCUUUGGAGAUAGACGAUCCCUUUGUCGGAUCACACAGUCUCAAGGGAAAGGAGAAGCAAGGUGACAAGUGGCGUCUCGCUUCCUAUAAUCGGGAGGACGGUCUUGACAUUGAUUAUUGUCACCUGUCCUGGUCGCAUGGAGAAGAAAGACUGGCAGAAAUGCCUGCAUGCGCCAUGCUUGACGACUUGUUGAGGGAUGACGCUGAGGAGCAUGACAUCGCCUCUUGGACUUUUUGGCACGCCAUUCGAUGGAUUGAAUCCGCUCGAAGGAAUGAUAUCCCUGUCCUGAUACACUGUCAAUGUGGCGUAUCUCGAUCUGCAACGCUCACCAUCGCCUACCUCAUGACGCUCGCCGCUGCUGGGCUACUACCACAAUCGCUCGGACACCUCAAAUGUAUGCAAGAUGUAUACGAUAUGGUCAAGACCAAAUCACCUUCCAUAGGACCUAAUGUCCAACUUGUAUUCCAGCUCGUCGAGUAUGGACGUAACCUCACCACUCUCCUAUCAGCGCACUAUGCACAGAGCGACCCGCGCCCCAUCGCUACCUCGUUCCCGACAGCCGAAGACGUCGCCAUGUCUGAAGCUGAAUGGGCUAGAAAACGGAGAGAAUUUGAAGAUUCCGAGUCGGAAGAACGCUCGGUCGUCGAAGCGCACUCCCCAAACGCCGUCGCUAUGAACGAUGCUCGCACUGCCAACUGGUGUUGCGUCUUGGGAAGUCCUAUGAGCUCUGAAGAAGCUGGAGAUGAAGCUAGACGAUGGGAUGAUGCAAUGGUUCAGAGACGGCUGGCGAGAUCAGAAGCAUGUCUCCUUGGAGCUUGA